CAGGAAUUUGCUAUCUAGUAUUGUAUAGAUAUCUGAGCAGCUUACUGUUAUUUUCUCCCAUCACUAAAAACCAUCAUGUUUUCAAUUAAGAAGUCACUAUUGACAUCCUUAACUGCUCGUCAGUUGCGUAGAACAAGGUCAUUCUUGACAGAUGCGUACCAAUGCAAUGAGAUAUGGCAAGAACGGAUGAACUGCUCGCUACUGAAGAAAGUCGAACCUGAAAUGUUGUAUCACAAGUUGUCUUCUAUGUUGGAUAACGAUAAAAAGCAAAUAAAUGCCAUUGAUUUAGACAUAUUCGCCAACUCAUUAACUGACAAAACAUACCUAGAGGAACUAGAAGACCUAAUAUAUAAGUUUCGUCUAUCAGCUCAAGCUGGCACGCUAUUGCCAUCCACCCAUCAUGCUGUCAUUCGAUUGUUUCUUAUAACAAAUAAUACCGAAGACCUUAUCAGGAUAUUAAAAGAUAGACUGAAUUAUGGAAUUUUUCCAGAUUACUAUUUAUGCAAUUUAAUGAUGGACAAAUUUAUUAAAGAAAACAAUUUUCGCAAUGCUGCAGUGAUUGCUUCCAACCAAAUGUUACAAGAAGAGCUAGAUAAUGAUAUCACCAAAACUAUGGGGUUGUAUUCUUGUUUGAAAUAUAUCAUUAAUCCCUGCGAUUGGGAAGAUUUAAAAGUGAAUACAGAGGAAAAAGAUAAUGAUGAAGAAGAAACAAGAGUGCGUGUACACUUUUUAAGAAAUCCUUAUUUUGAUAAUCACUUUGAUCUUACAGAUGGAGAUCAUUUGGUGGGUAAGACAAUGCUAAAGAUCAGUAAAACUGAUAAUACUGUUAAGGGAAAUAGUUUUAAAACUAUUGGAUUAGCUUAUUACAACUUAUGGAAUGAGUUAGCAGAUCAUCUAGAAAAACUAAAAGGUCCUGUGUAUUCGGAAACUGUAGAAUUGGUUAUUUCUGCUAUAGACAAGCGAGCACCAGAAAAUUCUGAAAACCUGAAAGAUACUAUUUCCAAAUUAAAAAUUGAAAAUAAAAGUUUGACCGAAGAAACAGAAAAUGCUGUAGUUGAAGCAGUAAACAAAAAUGAAGAAAAAGAAAUACAACUUCAAAAAAAGAUUUACAAAGAAUAUGAAUCCUUUAGACGAGAAGAGUUGCAAAGGUAUAUGGAACAUUUGAAUAAGAUGAAACGUUUGGAAAAAGUCAAACAAGUCAAACAAGAACUAAAAGAAAAAGAACAACUGUUGCUUUUCUUUGAUAAUGAACACAAACACGAUUUAGUAAAUGAAGAAAAAAUUAAAAGGAUGAAAAAGAAAGUAGCUAUAGUAAAGAGUCCUAAAGAAGAUUUGACUUAUAUACCACCAGAAAUCAGAAAACCUGGGUUUAAACGUGAUUAAAUAUAAUAAUUGUAAGUUUAAGUUAAAUAAUGUGGUAUAGUUGAAUAUGUUCUCACUUGAAUUAAAUAAAACUAUUAUAUGUUUGAUUUAUUUA